AUGAUGACUUCAGUGGGCAGUGAACGUACUCGGGGCACUCGGGACAAAACACAACUUUCAGCCACGCAGCCAACACAACUACAGAAACAAGUAGUACAGGCAACAGCAGAACAGAUUCGACUUGCUCAGAUGAUCUACGAUAAGAACGACGCAGAUUUUGAAGAUAAAGUGAAACAACUUAUGGAAGUGACGGGGAAAAACCAGGAUGAGUGCAUAGUGGCACUACAUGAUUGUAAUGGGGACGUGAACAGAGCAAUCAACAUACUGCUGGAAGGAAGUUCAGACACGACUUCUUGGGAGACUGUAGGGGGAAAGAAGAAAAGCCUUGGAAAGGAAAGUUCAGAAAACAAAGAAAACAGAGAAAAACGAGGGGACAGAGAAGUGAGUCGCGGACGGGGAAGUUCCAACAGACGGGGAAGAGGAGGCAGCCAUGGCCGAGAGUUCAGAGCUGAAGAGAAUGGCGUGGACAACAGUCAAGGAGACAGACCUUCAGACCGUGGGAAACGUGGCCGUGGGAGAGGGUUUGGACGUGGCAGAGGGAGAGGAGCAGGGAGGUUUUCAGUCCAAGGCAUGGGGACAUUUAACCCUGCAGACUAUAAGGAGUCUUCUGCCACAGAUGGCUUUGGGACAAAAUCAGAUAUUUGGGAGACUGGUCAGAAUGAUGCAGAUGAUGGAACGGGAGCAUGGAAAAACUCAAUAGAAGAAUGGACAGCAGAAGACUGGAAUGAAGAUCUUUCUGAAACAAAAGUCUUCACUGCUUCCUCUGUUCCAGCUGAGAAUCAUGUGAUUCCUGGGCAAAGCAUCAAUUUGGUAACACUGCUUCAAAAGCCUGUGACUUCUCCCCAAGAGGCAGAAGGCAACUCAUUUGAGACUCCCCAGCAACAGACCUUUGGCCAAGCCCUAGUCUUCAUAAAUUCUCAGCACAGCAUCCAGGUGAUGUCAGGAACUGGCAACUCCAGUGCUGUAAACUCUUAUUCUUCUCCAAGUCUGUCUGCAGUUCUUUGUUCUGGCUUUGGAGAACUUGGAUCCUCUAAAUUGGCAAACUCUACUGGAUCCCAAAUCUUGGACCAGUUGAAAUCUCCAGGGUUGGGUCAGUUUACGUCCCAACAAAACAAUAGUAGCUCUGCCACCACUACCACAAUGACCACAUCAUCCUGGGAUUUAAACCCACCCAUUACUCAAUCCUCAGUUCUUAGUCAGUUUGACUUUAAAUCCCAGCCUGAACCAUCCCCGGUUCAGAGCCAGCUGACCCAGCGACAGCAACAACAAACACAGGCAAUUCCUGUUCUUCCUCCUGGGCUGGAGUCCUUCUCCUCCCAGGUAAAACUCCGAGAGCCAUCGCCAGUAGACAUCUCCACGGCUGUUAGUAAAACGUUACAGCUCCCCACUAUAUCUGUGGAUAACCAAGCAGUGACUGCCCAUCAAAUCCAGCAGAAACAGAUAAAACCACCAAAACGGAGGAUAACUCCAGCAUCCAAGAUUCCUGCCUCUGCAGUGGAGAUGCCUGGAUCAGCAGAUGUAACAGGGUUAAAUGUUCAGUUUGGAGCUCUGGAGUUUGGAUCAGAGCCUGUGCUCCCAGAGUUCGGAUCAACUUCAAGCAGUGAGAAUACCAGCCAGGGGACCAACAAUAGCUUGUACUCAAAAUCUGUAAAUGAUCCUUUGAAUACCUCUUUGCCAAUAUCCAAUACAGUACAGGAGUCCACCUACACAACCUCUCCCAUUACCUCUUCCAGUCUGCCCUGCUCAUCCCAGAGCACUAGCCCAGUAACAACUUCCUCCUAUGACCAGACUUCUGUGCAUAAUAGGAUAGCAUACCAAAGCUCCAUGGCUCUGCCUGAAUCAACACCUGUUGCAGUUACGAAUGGGCACAGCGGUGUUAGAACACAGGCAACUCUUGACACUACUUCGUCAGUUUCAAUGCCUAAGAUAGAGCCUUCUCCUCCACUACCUUCUGCUGGUUCUCUGCCUACUGUGGUAUCCACCACUGCUUCGCUUCUGCCUUCAACAUCGCAACACAUGACAACGUUGCCCAGCUUGCCUCAGUCCAGUGAUUUGGCUAGCAGCUCACUUUCCCAGUUAAGCAGCUCCCUUUCCAAUCAUCAGAGCAGCCUCUCCCCUGCCUCAGUGUUGUCUUCAAAUGCAUCACAUGCACACACUAGUGUUGAGAACACAACUUCGCUCCAGCCCUCAACAACUUUUUCAACUGCUUCAACCUCAGCCACUAGCGCCACCUCUUCAGUUGUCAGCAUGGCAAGCAGUAUGAACACUACAAAUAGCCUUGGCCUGAGCGUUACCAGUGUGUCUAUACCAGCUGCUACUACACGAGCAGCUCCCUUAGUGUCUUCAGGCAAAGCUCCCCCAAACCUGUCCCAAGGUGUACCACCCUUAUUGCAUAACCAGUAUAUUGUGGGGCCUGGAGGACUUCUGCCUGCCUACCCAAUUUAUGGUUAUGAUGAUCUCCAGAUGCUUCAAUCCAGGCUGCCAAUGGAUUACUAUGGAAUUACAUUCCCUGCUCCUGCAACCUUGACAGGCAGAGAUGGGAGCCUUGCUAACAACCCAUACUCAGGUGACGUUACCAAAUUUGGCCGUGGGGAUUCUGCCUCCCCUGCUCCUGCUACUACGCUUGCCCAGCCGCAGCAGAACCAGACGCAGACUCACCAUACGACUCAGCAGCCCUUCCUCAACCCGACCCUGCCCCCAGGGUACAGCUACACUGGGUUACCUUAUUAUGCUGGUGUGCCUGGUGUACCCAGUGCAUUCCAGUAUGGGCCAACCAUGUUUGUACCUCCAGCAUCUGCUAAACAGCAUGGAGUCAACCUAAACACUGCCUCGACUCCUUUCCAGCAAGCGAGUGGCUAUGGGCAGCAUGGCUAUGGAGCAGGCUAUGAUGACUUAACACAGGGAACAGCAGCUGGAGAUUACAGCAAAGGAGGCUACAGUGGGUCAUCUCAAGCACAAAAUAAAUCUGCUGGCACUGGACCUGGGAAAGGUGUUUCUGUGACCUCAAGUAACACAGGUGUGCCUGAUAUAAGUGGCUCAGUCUAUAACAAGACUCAGACGUUUGACAAGCAGGGAUUCCAUGCUGGCACACCACCUCCUUUCAGCCUGCCUUCUGCUCUUGGAUCAACUGGGCCCCUGAACCCUGGUGCUGCUCCAGGUUAUGCUCCAGCCCCGUUUCUCCAUAUCCUGCCUACACAUCAGCAGCCUCAUUCCCAGAUGUUGCAUCACCAUCUUCAGCAAGAUGGGCAAGGUGGAUCUGGCCAACGCAACCAGCCCAGCACCAUGCAGCAAAAGUCUCAGGCUACAAAAACUGCCUAUGGUACUUCUCCAUACUGGACAAACUAA